UACAGUUACCUGCAGGAUAGUGAACCACUGAGGCUGCGUUUGUUACUUGAACAUUAAGGGACUAGCAGUUCGGUCCUUCACUGUGCUGGCUGGAUUUGCUUGUGGUUGUUCUUAGCCACUGCUCAUGUAAUGCACUCUCUUAACCAGGAAAUUAAGGCAUUCUCCCGGAAUAAUCUCAGGAAGCAAUGCACCAGGGUGACAACGCUAACUGGAAAGAAGAUUAUAGAAACAUGGAAAGAUGCCAGAAUUCAUGUUGUGGAAGAAGUAGAGCCGAGCAGUGGGGAAGGUUGUGGUUAUGUGCAGGACCUUAGCUUGGACCUGCAAGUUGGUGUUAUUAAGCCAUGGUUGCUCCUGGGGUCACAAGAUGCUGCUCAUGAUCUGGAUACACUGAAAAAGCACAAGGUGACUCAUAUUCUCAAUGUUGCAUAUGGAGUUGAAAAUGCUUUCCUCAGUGACUUUGUAUAUAAGAGUAUUUCUAUAUUGGAUCUACCUGAGACCGAUAUCCUGUCUUAUUUUCCAGAAUGUUUUGAAUUUAUUGAACAAGCAAAAAUGAAGGAUGGAGUGGUUCUUGUUCACUGUAAUGCAGGAGUUUCCAGGGCUGCUGCAAUUAUAAUAGGCUUCCUAAUGAAUUCUGAAGAAAUCUCAUUUACCAGUGCUUUUUCUUUGGUGAAAAAUGCAAGACCUUCCAUAUGUCCAAAUGCUGGUUUUGUGGAGCAGCUUCGUACAUAUCAAGAGGGCAAAGAAAGCAAUAAGUGUGGCAAAAUACAGGAAUUAGAAGAAACAACAGUUCCUGAGUUACAUUCUUGCUGAUGAUGGACAGCUAUAAUUUCUGAGUUGGUCUCUAGAGCCACCUU